AAACUGAGCCAGGUCUGGAAAAUUUGACGAUUUGAGCCAAAAAUCAACAGCCAAGCUGGCAAAUAUUUGAGAGAACCAUUGAAAGAAGAAGUAGAAGAAAGUGGAACUCUCCUCCAAUAUCCAAUUCCUCCAUGGAUUCACAAAGCCAAGCCAUAGAAUUCACCAAGAAGUAUUUCACCACAAUUGCCUCCAUCACAGCCUCAACAAUGCUUGCUCGAACCCUCAUCAAUGAAUUCCUCCCCAGUGAAUUGCGCAGCUUGGUUUCCUCGAGCAAGGCAAAACUCUUCAGCCGAUUCUCUACAGAGCAUACCAUCAUCAUCCAACAAACGGAAGGGCUAACUCCCAAUGAACUCUAUGAUGCAGCCAGUACCUAUCUACGCACCAAGAUCUCCCUGCGUAUGAAGCGGCUAAGGGCGAGCAAGAGCGAGGACAACAACAACAUUAUCGUCUCCCUCGACGACGGCGAAGGGCUCGCAGACAUCUUCCAAGGCGCGGAGUACAAGUGGAAGCUCGUCAGCGAAGAGAAAGAGUCCCCUCGCGGUGGAGCAAUCAAAGUCAAAUGGUAUGAGCUCAGCUUCCACAAUAAGUACAAGGAAAUAACACUGAACGCCUAUUUUCCUCACAUUCUGGAGAGAUCUAAGGACAUCAAGGCCGCUGACAAACGGUUGAAGCUUUAUAUGAAUCAGUAUGACAGUUGGAGUUGCAUUGAUCUGAACCACCCUGCAACAUUGGAGACGCUGGCAUUGGAGCCAGAGCUGAAACAGACAAUCAUUGAGGACUUGGCGAGAUUUGUCAAGCGAAAGCAGUACUAUAAAAAAAUUGGGAAGGCCUGGAAGCGUGGAUAUCUGCUCUUUGGUCCUCCAGGAACUGGCAAAUCGAGCUUGGUCGCCGCCAUUGCUAAUUACCUCAGGUUUGACAUCUACGACUUGGAUCUAAAGGAGGUUACCUCGAACACUAGACUAAAAAGGCUGUUAGUAGCCAUGAAAAACAAAUCAGUAUUAGUGAUUGAGGACAUCGACUGCUCCAUUGAUCUGCAAAACAGAGAUGAAGAGGGUGAGGAUAAAAAGAAGCCUAGCAAGGAUGAUGUAACACUCUCAGGGCUGUUAAAUUUCAUUGACGGAUUAUGGUCGACGAGCGGGGAGGAGAGAAUCAUCGUACUCACUACCAACUACAAGGAUCGGCUUGAUCCAGCACUGCUGAGACCUGGUAGAAUGGACAUGCACAUCCAGAUGGGUUACUGUGGCCCAAACAGUUUCAAGGUGCUGGCUUCUAACUACCAUGAUAUUGAUGAGCACCCUCUGUUUGAGGAGAUUGAAGAGUUGUUGAAGGAGGUGCAAGUGACUCCUGCUGAAGUAGCAGAGGAGCUGCUUAGAAGUGAUGAUGUAGAUAUCUGUUUAGGUUGUCUUAUCCAACUCUUAAACAGGAAAAAAGAGGAAGUACAAGGAAACGAAGAAAGUGCAGAAGAUUCUCAAGAUAACAAAGAGAAAGAUGGAGAUGACAAGCAAAUAGAUGAAGAGAAGCAGCAGGUGGGAGCUAAAACUGUGGUAAGCGACUAGGAAGCUAAUGUGACUAUUCUUAGCGGUGCUCUUCAGAACUACGUGAGCAGAUUGUGGUCAGCCAAAGUUGUUGUAUCAGAAUAGGUAAUCAACCAAAAAUUUUUAGCUUAAUUUUGAUCGGCCACUUUUCUUGACGAGUUGAGAGCCUAAGAAGCAUUUGUAGAUCUUUAAAAUGAUUGUAUGAUUGAGGUGUGAUUAUUCCUUUCCCCGUGAAAGAAGUUGCAGAUUCGAUUGUGAUA